CAACUUACUGUCUUACAGACUGCAGGAGAUGGAGCAUCAUUCUUCAGUCUGAUUUUACCAUGUUUCAGUCUGUAACCAUGCGAAAAAUAACCUUCCAUGCAACUUUUAUCGAUGGCCUAAAUACCCUGCGGACAUAAACCAUCAUACAUGUUUUAAAUUUACACACAUUAGCUUAGGCUAAUCGUUAGCUUCAUAAAAUCGUGGACGAACAUCCAUCAACCGACUGCUAACAAGCAUAGCUAAUGAGCUAACAUCACUGCGUAGCGUUACAAACUGAAGCAAAAGAGCGAAUAUUGGACUUUCUGCGGGACUUCAACUCUCAAAAGAUAAGCUUUCGCUCUUAAUUAGCGUAAACAUGUCUUUUUCACUCUUUACCACUGGUCUAUCUUUGGAUUAUGGCGUGUUUGCCACUUCUAAAGACAAAAGUUAACAUUCGCCCUAACUCAGCCUUUUCAGAGCGCACAGUAAGCUCUGUUCUCCAUGAUGUGGAUGUGCGUUGCUGUUUUCCUGCUGUGGAUGAGGUCAGGAGGAUGCACAGACAAGGCCAACAUGUCAGACCUCAUCGAGUACACGGCUGCAGACUUUUAUGAGAAACUGCAUUCUGGGAAGAUGAUGUUUAUCUAUUUUGAGCAUCAAGUCUCUCCGACCAUCUCUCUGUUCUUGGUGGAGCUGGAGAAGUCUGCUGAGGCUCUGCAGGAUUACGGAGUCCUGGUUGGCACGGUCAACUGUAAUAAAGAGCUGGUUCAAACAUACUGCACAGACGAAAGACUUCUGCACAUGGCUUUUCUGUUCAGAGGCGGUAAGGAGUUUCUGAGUUUUGAUUUGGACACUGUCUUUGACGUCAACUCCAUCGUCUCUGAAGUUCUGUUCGCCAUUCUGCGUGACGAGGUCAAAUACGUCCACACAGACACUGAUCUCUUGGCCAUGGAGAAGGCAGCCAAAGGGAAGAAGGACAUUGUGCUGGGUUACGUUCAGAGUCUGGGGACACAAGAGCACAGAUCGAUCAUGGAGACAGCGUACGUGUAUGGAUCCAAAUAUCAGUUCAUCCUCAUAACAGGAGGCCCAGUAUUGAAGCAUUUAGGUGUGAACCAAUCAUCGCAUUCGUCUAGAGUGUGGUUCCUCCACUGCAGAGUUCACAGUGGGUUCAUGACCCCGAUGACCUCUGAGCGCUGCCCUUUGACCCGCAUGAGGAAACCCCUUUCUACCCUGAGCCUCCACUCCUUCCUGCAGCUCAUGGAGGCUCCACUAGUGUCUGAAGUGUAUGACGACCCCUCCUCAGUCCAGCCCCCCCAGUUCCCCUACCAGCAGACCCCCCAGGUCUUCCUCUUCUCUCGUCCCGCUACUGAGCACCUGGACCUGGACACGGCCACCACUCUGGCCUGGAGGCUGCGUGGCCUCGCCCUGCUGCUGCUCGUGCACAGGCAGAGUCCUGCAGUGAAAACCCCUGAUGAAUAUAAUGCUGCUUACAGGCUGCCUGACAAGAGUUCGGAGGUGAAGUAUUUGACUUUACACAGCCUCGAUCAGGUGCUGGACCUCUUCACAAAUCAGGAGAAAGAGGAGGACAAAGAGGAGGAUGAAGAAGAAGAUGAGGGACUGGAGGAGGAGGAGGAGGAUUCUUUUGGCAACCUGGACGAUGAAGUUGCAGCGUCAGUUUUUGAAAAGCGAGGCGACUUGCUGGACAUGGACUCGGUUAUGGAACUAACUUCUGAGAACUUCCACACUGUAGUGGCACAAAGCAGCCUGACAGUGGCGCUCUUCUACCUCAAAUGGGACGCUGUGUCAAUGGCUUUUCUCAGCUCCUUCAUUGAAGUUGCAGAGAGACUUGCAGAUUCUGAGGUGGACGAUGUUCAGAUGAGUGCGGUGGACUGUGGAGAGUGGACCGACCUUUGUGCCGCUCAGCCAGGCAGUGACGUCCCGUUUCAGCCAAUCACAGCCUUUCCCAGCGUCUUGGCGCUCCGCCCACAGGAGACGGCUCAACACUACAGAGGAAUGCUGGGUAGUGAGGCGCUGCACCGCUUCAUCAUGAUGAGCCGCACUGAUUCUCCUGCACUGCUGUCCACUGAAGACGAAGUCACGUCCUUCCUUCAGGAGGUUCCUCAUCCUGAGCUAACGGGCUACAAGCCUGACAGAGCGGUGGGACUGUUUAAGACGCAAACACAAACCGGUGUAAAAGUUUUUACUGCAGCAGCAAAGUCGCUGAGAGGAGAAGUGCUGACCGGCCUGUUGACCGAUGUUCUGGCAGAGAAAUGGGCUGCAGGCCUCGCUGUGGACCUUCCUGCUGUGUUGGUGUUUCCUUCUUGGAGGACACACACACAUCCGUCCACUCUGCCAGCGUCGUCCUCCACUGAAGAGCUGCUCACACACAUCAACACUGCGCUGCUCCACCCGAUGCCUGAGCUGACUGUGGAAAACCUGCCGUCCUUCCUGUCGCUGGAUAAAGCUCUGCUGAUUCUCUUUGUGGGAGAAGAGGAGGACGAGAUCGGACGGAGGCAGAACCAGGCGCUGGUGGAGGAGAUGAGAGGAGUGGUGGAGUUGGGAGGGAGGAGGAUGGAGCGUUACCUGCCCUGCUGGAUCCACCUUGGCCGCACUCCAGCUGGUAUGUCUGUCCUCGGCUCUUACCUGGGUUCGAUGCCUCCCCUUCCUGCCCUGGUCCUCUCACAUCUGCCCUCUGGAGGUGAAAUCUAUCAGUACCCACCAAACACCCCCAUAGCAGCAUCUUCUGUCCUGCUGUGGCUGCAGAGGGUCGAGGAUGGAACCGAGUCACCGACAGGGAUGCUAGGUGACAACAGCUGGCCUCCUGCUGUCGAGUUCUACGACUUUCUGAAAAUCAUGGACAUGCAAGAAGCCGACUCCACCCAGCAGCAAACUCCAAAAGAGGAAGAAGAAGAGGUGGAUGAGGAAGAAGUCAAUUUGGAAGAACAUUUGGUGUCAGAAGAAGCGACACACGACAAUCCUGACAAUAAUCCCAAGAUUCACUCUGAACUGUGACAGGACAUGAUGGGAUGGAAACAAUACUACUGAUUAAAGUUGUUUUUUUACUGA